UGAAUUGACAUGGCAUUGAAAAUGUGACGGAAGAUCUCUGUAAUUUCAUUGAUUAUCAAGUUUGAUUCGCCAUCGUCUUAAAUAGACAUGACAUGUAUAUGCACUGCCGGGUAUGUGAUUGUGUCUUGCUUCAAAAUCGUGUUUAUAAACCGUGAAAUAGUAGUUUAUUAACAGUGUGUUGCUAUGUUUGGCCAAGGACGUAUAUAUGUUAGUUAUGAAUCCUAGCUUGGUUUGGUGAAAUCAGAGACAUAUAUUGUAUUAUAUGUCUCUGGUGAAAUGAUAUAUCAAUUGAUAAUGACGAUUGUGGAUUUCUGUUCAUACAAACAAAAAUAUUAAUUUUGAGUGAAAGAAUGUGUGAAGAAGGAAAGGAAAAAUUAUUCAAACCUAAGAAGAAGAGGAAAAGUAUGGGAUGUACAAAAACACCACCUCCAAUUAAGCCAUUAAAGUUUCGUCAAAAGACCUGGUCUCAAUUAAAAUCGGAAAAGGAGAAAGAAAAAAUGGUGAUGUCUCCAAAGAUGCCUAGACUAAACAGAGAGCCAGUCUACAUCAGCAGCGAAUCAGAAAAUGAGGAGGAAGAAGAGGAACUUCCAGAUUUAGAUGAUUAUUCUGAAGUCAUUAAUAUAUCUGACGAUGAAACAGGUGAAUUGUCAGGGAAAAAAUCAGUGUUAAGCUUAAACUGUACCUCGUUAGAUUCUGACAAUGAAAGUAAAACUAGUAUAGAUAGAUCAAGUUACUGUAUAAGUACAGAUGAGGAUGAAGAAGGAACAACAGUUGUUAUGGUCCAGAUUGUGUCUUGUUCAGAGGACACUGAUGAUACAACAUAUUCUUCACCAAAAUGUAAGAGACGAAAAAUGUCCAAUUAUCUGCCAGACAGAUCAUUAGCUGAUUAUACUGAAAAUAAAACAGAAGAUGAUUGUGACCUGGAAAUAAUUAGUGAAGAAAUUGAGAAAGAAGAUAAAACAGAAGUUGUUCAAAAGAUAUGGACUGAUGAAAAUAAGACAAAACUUGCAAAUUUACUGAAUGGUGUUAAAACAACAUUGAAUUUAAAAAAUAAGUCUGCGCUACAAGACCAGAAAGAAUCAGAAUUGAAAGAAACAGCAGAAAAUUCUAAAUCAGUAUUGAGGGAGAUUUCUAAUUCUCCUACUAGUUCUCGUCACUUUACAGACUUACUUAAGUGUGAUGAUUCUGAAGAUUCAGAAACUGAAUAUGUUCAAGUAAAGAAGAGGAGACGCAAAAAUAAAAUGAGAAAAAUUGUUAAAAAGGAAGAUUCUGAUUGCGGACAAAUUACAAGUUAUUUCAGCAUGAAAAAAGACAUUCACAAAAAGUGCUUCUGGCAAAGACAUAAAUCUAACAUUGUAAAUUCCAGGCUGGACAGUGAAUUAGAAAAUGCCUUAGUUGGUGCAUUUUCCCAGUUUCACAUAAACACGGUUGAAGGAUGUUGGGAAGAUGAGCAAAAUCCCAGCUUCAUGCGGCAUGGAUUGAAGUUUUUAAAGAACUUUUCACACAGCUAUAGUCCCCCUCUUGAACUGAUAGAGAGAGUAAUUGAACAGGGAAUAAUAAGCAGCAAUUCACUGGAACUAUUAAAAGAGUCAGUUGAUUGCUUAAUGUUUGUGUUUGAUAAAUAUCCUGAAAUGUUACAUAUUGACUUUAAACAUUUACAGGAUUCUUUGGAACGUUUAAACUUCGGAAAAAGUUUUUCGGAUCAGAGCCAUUUAUUGGUUAGCAAGACAGCAUACCUUCUUAGGCUUGUUAUUUUGUUUUAUGAAUAUGAACUCACAACAAGGAAUGUUAGUGAUCCUAAAGCAAUGAGGAAGACAGCUAGUUAUAAAGCAUUAUCAUAUGAUUGUGGGUUUAACAAUGUUAAGGAACUUAUUGUCAAUUAUAUAGUGCCUUUGCUACACCACGAACAAACAUUUCAGAAUGAAAUUCCAGAAAUUCUACCACUUCUUCAAAAACUGUUACAUAUAAGUGUAGAGGUUAGUUCAAAUUGUAACGCUGCAGCGAAGGCUAUUGCUCUUGAAUUAAGCAAACCAUAUUGUUAUUUACCUACUAUUGAUCAUAAAAAACUGUACAUACAGACGUUAGAAUCAACCUUGUUAAGAUAUUACUUGGUGACUGUGGUCUUAGAAAGACAGUGUGAAAACACUGCACCGUGUUAUGAUUUUCCUUGCCGAUUUCAGGAUGUGUUCAACUGUUUCUUUCAAGCAUACCCGCCAACGAACAUAUCAACGCCACCAACUACACCACAGUCUGAAGAUGAUUCAAUGGAUAAUUAUCCUAAUAGUACUGCUGGUUAUCCUGCAAUAAAUGUGGAGGAACUCCUGAUGUUGUUAUUUGAAGUAUUACAGUGCUAUGUGCAGUGCGACCAAGACAAGUCUAUCGCCACCCUUAGAAGACGUGCAUAUAUGAAAAAAGAGGAUUUUACCAUGCAGCUGACAGACAAAGACAAAGACCUGAUUUUUCAGGGAAUAGAAGAAUUACGUGGACGUGUAUUGACUCUGACACCAGACUUGACACCAGUGUCAGAAAAAUAUUUACAGUUAAUGCUAUGUGUGGUGGAUUGGCAGAAAUGUAUGAAUUAAAAAAGAUGCACCAAUUUCCCAGAAAUAAGAUACCAGUGUUCAACAUGUACACUUAACUUUGCUCAAACUUUGAUGUUUUUACUAGCUGUGAAUUUAUAUUUACACACAUACUUAUGUGCAUCAAAUGUAUAUAUUUCUACUUUUAUAGUGCUAUGUCAGAAAUGAUACAUUCUUUGCUGAAACUUCUCUGCAGAAUUAUAUAUAUGUUACAUGUCAUUACAUAUUAAUACAUUUCCGUACACAAUACUUAAUUGAUGACAACAACAGACCAUUGUCUUAUUUUUUAGUCCCCUACGGACGAAGUUGAAGGGGACUUUAGGUUUGCACUCCGUCCGUCAGUCUGGCAAAUCAUUUUUCCACACACUUUUUCUUCAUGCUUGAUAUUUGGUGUAUUGUUUUAUCAUGACAAGUUACAGAUCAAGUUCGCAUUUUGUUCAGGUCUGAUAAUUUUGUGCAGAGUUAUGGUCCUUUGACUUAGAAAUUCACUAAAAUAAUCAGAUUCCCGGCCUUUUUUGUCAUUCUUGAAGAUAUUGAUUUGAUAAUUGGUAUAUAGUUUUAUCAUGACAACUUACAGUUCAAGUUCGAAUUUUGUUCCAGAAUGAUGAUUUUGUGCAGAGUUAUGGUCCUUGGACUUAGGAAAUUAACUUAAAUAAUCAGUUUUCCGCACUUUUUUUCGUCAUGCUUGGAGAUAUUGAUAUGAAAAUUGGUAUAUAGUUUUAUGAUGACAAGUUACAGAUCAAAUUCGAAUUUUGUUCUGGUCUGAUGAUUUUGUGCAGAGUUAUGGUCCGUGAAAAUUCACUUAAAUAAUCAGUUUUCAACACUUUUUUUUGUCAUGCUUGAAGAUAUUGACUUGAUAUUUGUUAUAUAGUUUACACCAUGACAAGUUAUAGAUCAAGUUAGAAUUUUGUUCCAAUACAAUGAAUUUUCAACCGGUAGGGGACUAUGUAUUGCCAUGCAAUACUCACAGAAUGCUUGUUUCACUGAUGCUUUUUAGAACUCUUUUUGUAAUUUUUUAUGAUCGUUUGAAACUGAAUUGGUAUAAUGAAUUAUCUAUAUCAUUACCAAUGAAAAAAUUUAAAUAUAGAGAUUAAUUUCAGAAUUAGAUAGAAGAAUUAUCUGUGUAUAUCUUCAAUUUAUAUACAGUAUUCUGAUAUUUUUUAUGCCCCCGAUGUAGCGUUGGGGGCAUUAAGUUUUACCCUUGUCCGUCUGUACGUACGAACGUACGUCUGUACGUCCCAAAAUUGGUUUCCGUUCUCUAACUUGAGUUUGCCUCAACCAAAUGUUAUGAAACUUAUACACAAUGCUUAUUACCAAAAAACACAGAUCAAGUUUAAAUUUUGGUGGUGUCAAUUAUACCGUUCUAGAGUUAUGCAUGUUAUGCCAUCUUCAAAUGGAAAAAUUGCUGAAUUUUCGUUUCUGUUCUCUAACUUUAGUUUGCCUCAACUAAAUUUUAUGAAAUUUAUACACAAUGCUUAUUUCCACAAAACUCAGAUCAAGUACAAAUUUGGGUAGGGUCACUUUUACUGUUCUGGAGUUGUGUCCCUUUAUAACGUUCUAUGCAAGCGGGGGCAUCAUCUGUGUUCCAUGGACACAUUCCCCAUUUAUUUUGGGACUAUUCAGUUUUUAUGUGUAUCAUAAUUUUAUGCAAUAGUUUACAAACAAAAUAGUCUGGAGGAAAUUAUUGUAUUUUAACAACAAAGAUGUUGUGCAGAGACUAAUAAACCUGAAUGUGGAAGCCCUCAUUUAGUUUGCUUGUUUGGUGAUGAAGGGUGCUUCAUAAAUUUAAAAUCCUUAUUUAUUUAUGUUUUUAUGAAAUUAUGUAUUUUUCACAAUAUCAUCACAGACAAUCGGUUUAUUUUUUUUUUUAAUUAUCAUAUAUGCAUAUGUAUAUAUCAGGCAUAUUCAUUAUGUUUAUAAACACAUCUUAGACUGUUUAUGUGCUUUUAUUGGUCCCAUAUGCAUUAAUCAGAUAUUGCAGGAGGCUAUUAACCUCACUAUCAGUACAAUAAAUUUAGUUUUCUUUUUAGAUCCAUUUAAGAUACAAGUCUUUUUGAUAGACCAUUGGUAUUUGGCAUGCUGUUGCAUCUCAUUUGCAAGCAGUAAAUGUUGCCAUUUCUUCUUCAGUCACAUGACAAUUUGUAUACUGUUCAGUUGUUAAGUUUUGACCAUGAUUAUUAUUACAAAUAAUAUCAAUACAUUUCCAUUGCAUUGUGUUUAAAGAUGUACUGUUUUUGGAUUGAUGAUGAAGAGUUGUUUGUAAAGAUGGACUUUGAUAAAACAUUUUGAAUUGUAAUAAAUCAUUUUGGAUUGUAAUAAAACAUUUUGGAUUGUAAUAAAACAUUUUGGAUCGUUAUAAAACAUAUUGGAUCGUAAUAAAACAUAUUGGAAUGUAAUGAAACAUUUUGGAUCGUUAUAAAACAUUGGAUCAUAAUAAAACAUAUUGGAAUGUAAUAAAACAUUUUGGAUCGUUAUUAAACAUUUUGAAUCAUUAUAAAACAUAUUGGAUCGUAAUAAAACAUAUUGGAUCGUUAUAAAAUAAAUCAGAUUGUAAUUAAACAUUUUGUAUCAUGUGUGGUAACAUGUGAAUCAUGUCAUCUUAAAGAAGAGUUGUGGACAAACCCGUUUUUACAUUGUUCUGUGUUAAAGGAGUAGGCCCAGUAAGACCUCUUUUUGGCCCCAAAAUAUAGCAGUUUUACAAAAUUGUUAAAAUGUAAAUUUUUAGCUAUUUAUUGGAAAGAUGAAUACUUCUGCUACAUAAAUAUAGGCUGUUUUUGACAAUACAAUGCACAUGUAUCGGGUACUAGCAUCAUUAAGUCAUGCUAAAUUACUGAAAUCUUCUAAAUUUUAGCAUUUUGGUUAAUUUUUAGACGGUUUCCGUCUGAAAUAGAAGUGGCCGCAUUUGUGUUCAUUCUUAAUAUUUAAAUGUAAGUUGUAUUUGAUGGUAAUACAUAACAUAUAUAAAGGUUGAGAAUGAACACGGAUGCGGCCACUUUCAUUUUUAACAUAAACCAUCUGAAAAGUGACAUAUUAUGGCAUAUUUGAUAGAUUUUACAUAUUUAAGCUUGAAUUUGAGCGUUUUUAAUGACUAAAUAAGUUCAAAUCUUUCACAUAAACUAAUUGAAUCAACUGAAGUAGACACUUAAGUGUUUAACAAGUGUCCAAAAUCUUUCAUCAGAUGAAUCUGAAUUUUGAGGCCAAAAUCGGCCCUUACCGGACCUACUCCUUUUAGAUGUGCUUUAUACACUCCAUCAAAUUGAUAGGUUUUAUUUUGUUAAAAAUUAGACAAAGACUUUUUUUUUGUAGUAAUUUUUUGGAAAUUUCAUUGUGUCAGAAGUCCUAGUUUUUGAAUCAGUAUUAAUGAACAGAAAAUAGUCCUAACUUGUAUCUUAUUUGUAAGAUUUGUAAUUGAUACUACUUAUUUGCAUAACUUUAACAUAACUCCUUAAUACACACUGCUCUUUUUUCUAUAUUUUUACAAUCAAACUGUUAGAUUUCAUUCAUAUGUUUUUACUUGUCCUGAAAAUCUUGAAAUGUUUGUCACUGGAAGUUUAGCUGGCAACAAUCAAUCUUUGCUCUUUUAAAGCAAAUUCGAAUUGAAGCUCAGUUUAUGAUAUUGAAAAUGUUAACAUGAUUUCUGAUGUAUUCUUUGCAUACAUUCCAUGUGAAUUCAAAGUACAAAAAAUGUAUUCCAUAUUCCAUGUGUUAUCAAUUACAAUAAAGGAUGUUCCAUAAAAGUAUACAUGGGAAUCAGGGAAAGCAUUCCUUAAUCUUGUGUAUAAAUGGACAAUUUUGUACAGUGAAAGUGUAUGAGAAAUUGUAAAAGUGCCUCUAUAAUAGAUGGUUACCAAAUUAUCAAAGUACCUUCCCUGGGUGCCAUGUAUGAAUUAAUUGAAAAGCUUUUGCAAAAAAAUCUCAUUUUGUGGUUAUUUUUUGUUGCAAUAUUCUGAAAAUAACGAUUGUAAAAGAACCAUACAAGAUUGAAAUUUUGCGACACACCUCAUGAAUGGCUUCAAAUGAUUACAUAUGUCAAUCAGUUACAAUAUUGAUGAUAGGAAUAAAUAGUAUUUUUCUUUUACUACCUUCCAAGGACAUAAUUGCAUGUAUUUUGCAAUAUAGUCUGCAGUAUAUUAUAAGAGUUAUCUUCCUUUGGAUGAGUUUUGUAAUACAUUCUAUAGAAUUUAUAUCUUGCCUGAUAAGGGUCCAUAUGAAAAAAGUUCAAUGAAUUUCUACAGGCUUUUUUAUCCUAAAUUUUUUUGUUUUAAAACAUAACAUAUAUAUUAUAUAAAGUAUUCCAUCCGUAAGCUUUCCACCCAUGAAUCACAUUUUGCAAGGUUCUUAAAUAGAAUGGUAAAAAUUGUCAAAGCAGUUAAUACAGGCAAACAGAAUUCAUGUAUGUAAGAAAUCUGCUUCAAACUUAAUUCUGUUUAUUGACAACAUAAUAUGACAUGUAAUUUUUAGCUAUGUAAGAUAGAUGGUAUUGAUGUUUGAGAGUUGAGAGUUUUACUUGUGUUUUACACACAUUUUAGUUGUAUAUAUUCAGAAGAUGGUUAUAAUAGGAAAAGUGCAUUACUAUACAUGUAAAUAAGUUUGUGUACUUGGAAGUGGGAGCUAAACAAAGUGUGCUUCAGUUUCAUGUAAUAGAAGGGGAAUUGGACUUGGUGCUAUGUAUGUUUUUGUGUGUUAGCUUUGGAAAGGGAUUAAUUGUAAGAUGGAUUAUUAAAACGAGACGACAUAAUUUUAUCAUUUGACUAAGGCAUAACCAGUGUUCAAAAAAUGUAUGACUUGGUACUUGUAAAAUGUAUUAUAUUAUAUAACAACUCAAAUUUAAUUUGCCAAUCAUGGCAUCCUGGAUGAGCGUAUUAACUUUAAUCUGAAGGACCUGAUAAUGCUGGAAAUUGAAAUAAAUAAUUGUUUAUGAUUCUUCUUCUUCAUAGAAUUAUUGCCCUCAUUUAGUGAUUGUCAAAUUUCAGUGCAUUUUUUGUUAUUUAUAUUAUAUUAUUUUUUUUUAAAAGCUUCAGUUAAUGAUUUGUACUUGAAAUACAAAGUUGUUUAAAGAUAAAGAGAAUUCUUUUUAAGCUACAAGUUGUUAUUUUGUAGAAUAAAAAUAUUGCAAAUAAUGAUGAUAAUGAUGAUAGCUUGUUUAUUCCUUUUUAUUCAUCCACUUUAGAGACUAAAGUCUGUAUUGUUGGACCCAUAUACAUAUGUAUACUUAUUGUAUGUUGACCAGUAUAUAGUCUAAUAGCUAAAGACUUGUAUUCAUGACAGGAUUAAUGCAUUGGAAAGUUUAACCUGUUCUACAUAAGGGCUAUUCCAUUAAAAUGUAUGUGGGAGGGUAGGAAGGGACUUUCAAAAUAUCCCUGCAACCAAGAACCAUUUUUUAGAUAAUUUUGCAUAAUGGUAAUAGAAGCAUACUGAAAAAAGACCCAUGACCCACAUUCAAUAAUUAAACUUCCCUUCCUACCCUCCCACAUACAUUUUAAUGGAAUAGCCUUAAUAAUGGUAAAAAGUUAUAGGUUCUUUGUUUUAUUGCUCUUCAGAACAAAAACUAUACAAAGUCUUGUCAUAUAAACUUUUAACAUACAAAUGUAGUACUAAGACUUAUAUCAAUGUUAAAACAAUUGUGAAUAUUUUUAAACAUAAUAUUAAAUUGUCAUUUUAAAAGAAAGGGUCAGUGUCUUUUGUUUAAAAAUAGAUGAAGCUUGCUGGUUACAACAAGACUGAAUAUUUAUUGGAGCAUUUAUUGUUAAAGAUUUUAUCUACCUUGAUUAAAUAUUUUUGUCCCCUGCUCGACGCAGUGGGAGGGAAAAAGAAAUGCUGCCUGUCCGUCCAGUCUUGUAAGCACUCUCAAUUGUACAAAUCAUGCUUGAUUUUUAUGAUUAAUAUUAAAGGAUUUUAGGUGCAAUGUCUCCGACGAGUUUGAAAUUCAGUGCCAAACAACUAUUUUUAAAGGAGAUAUAGCUCUUUGAAAUAUAAAUAAUAUAGAAAAUUGCAUUGUGAGCAUUCUCAAACCUUCAUUUCUUGCAGGAUUAUUAUGAAAUUUAUAUCGUAGGUUUAUAUAUGCAGUGAUAAUUAUUUUGACAGGAUUUAUGUCUCUUUGAAAUGUAAUUUUUGAAAUUUAGAUCAAAGGCUUAUAUUAUUAGCAAAGUUUUGGAAGAGUGCAGACCAACUAUUUUUACAGGAGUAAUGCCUAAAAAUAUGCUUGGAAAUAGAAAUUAUAUGAAAAAUCUCAUGCCAACAUUUCUUUUAUGGUAUUUAUUUAAAAGUUUAAAAGAUUGAGUUAUUGCAUUUGGACUGGUAAAAUUUGUGCAAUGUGGGGGACAUUGGAAUGCUGUUCUUUUAUAAAGAUUUGAUCUAUUCUGAUUGGAAUAUUUAUUCUGAAGAUUAAAACAUUCAUAACAUAAAAUAAAAUAUAGAAAUCCAGUUUUGUAACUCAGCUCAGUAUUGAAAUGUAGAAAUGUAGAUACAUGUAGCUUCAUUUAUAUGAUUUACCAUUGUUAAUUUCAUUGUUGAAGAUGUUAUUUUUUUUCAUUUUUUUCAUUUUUAUACAUGUUUCUCAACCAAUUAAAAAUGGGAAAGUUA